AUGACCCCACCUGCUCACCCUGCACUUGCCCCCAGCUACACCCGGCGCCUGGAGCUGCUGGUGCUGAAGGAGGACUUCUUCCCCCAGAUCAGCACCCUGCACAGCUCCAUCCAGACCCUGGCGGACGCUGCUGUCUGUGAGCAAUAUCACGGGGGUGCGCUGGGAACCAUGAGGGGGGGGGGGGGCACUAUCCCUGCCCCUGCUCAUCUCCCCGGCCACUCCCCAGUGCUGCUGGAGUGUGAAGAGCUGCACACCAUCCUCCACCUCAUCCUGAGUGUUGGCAACCACCUGAACUCGGGCAGCUAUGCUGGCGGUGCCACCGGGUUCUGCCUUGCCUCACUACUGAAGCUGCCCGACAUCAAGGCCAGCGAGCCAGGCAUGGACCUGCUGCACUUCGUGGCUAUGAUGAGCGUGGUGGGGCUGAAUUUUCCGGGAGGGCAGCCAUUUAUGGCAGAGCUUCUGGUCCGUGCUUGGAGUGGUCUUUUCCCUGGUGGUGGUCCUAAAUGGAAGGUGAUCCCUGUGCACCCCCGCAGCUCCCCUCCACAGUCUCAUCCCAGUCCCCUGCCCACUGUCCCUGUGGCAGCACCCACAGUCUUGUGGUCCUUGUCGGGGUGCCAGGCUCCCUCCCGGGCUGCAGCCACCAGCCUCUGCAGGGACUGGGCUCUGCAGCAACUCCUCUGCCCACUGGCUACCAGCAUGCCAUCACUGGCCCAUCCUCAGCUGCCUCCCCAUGCUUGGGAGCCACAAGGUGCCACCGGAGUGGGGUUCAUCAGAGCAACCCCAUGGCUGUGGGCACUGUGUGUCCCUGGGGAGACACUGCUCCCUCCUCUGCCCUGUGCAAGGUCACUGCCCUGACAGCGAUGUGCCCGGCUCGCAUGCAGGGGUGUCUGUUUUCCCUGUCAGGCAAGCUCCCCUGUGGUUUUUCCCAUGCUUGCCCCUGCUGCCACCUCCUCACCUUCCUGCUCUUGGUUUGGGCUUGUUCCUCCUUGGCUGGGUACCACCCUGUUGCCACUGCCAUAGCGCCCCCUGAAGCCCCCCGUGCCUUCAGGGAUGUUUUGACCCUUCCUGGCCGUUCGGUUAUGGGUGCUGGUUCAGAUCAGUCCCGCAGUGACCUGGCAGCACAUCUAGCUGGGGAUGCAUGCCCGAAGCUGGCCCCCAGCCCUGCUGCACAGAUGGGGAGUCACCUCCACCCAUUCCACCAAGAUCCAGCUCUGCCAGGGCCCUGUGGGAUGCCCCUCGGCCAUGUAGGGGCUGAUCGCUGCCCCUCUCCCCGCAGGAGGCAGCCAGGGUGGACAAGAGCCUGCUGGACUUCCCCAAUAAGCUGCAGCAUGUAGGCCCCAGCCUCACGGUAAGGGCAUCCCAGCACUGAGCUGGG